CAGGACCGUUGAGCUCAUGUUGUCAGUCGAUCAGGGGGUUUAGAAAGCACUUUCUAAACUCCAGAUAUAAUAAGUUAGAAAUGAUGCAGAAUAGUAACAAAAACUCAGGUGAGACACGGUAUGGGCAGAGGAUCCUUUUCACAGGUCCAGAUGGAAUUGGAGACUACAGGCCGAGAUCAAAUUAUUUCCCACUCUACAUUGGUGUGGGUGCCACUUCUCCAGAGGCAACCAGUGAUCUAAGUUAUUUAUGCCGAGCUGCUCCUGACGGCCCCCCACCUGCGCCCAGGCAGAGUUUUGUGGGCGAGGUGGGCUGGGGAUGGCAGUAUAACCAGCUGUUGAAUGGAGACAGGCUGCUCAGCAACAUGCAAAUUAAGAAAACUGACAUUAGGCGAACACUGGAGGACAAAGUCACUCAGAAGUUUCAGAUGAACCAAAGGAACAUCGAUGACUUAGAAAAAGUCAACACCAAGUUUUCCAAAAACAAUUAGAGCAAACAGCAGAUGGUAUUCCACCGCCCACAGAGAGCCAAGGACCUGCGUUUUGAUGAGAUCCAUCAAUUUGAAUAAACAUCUCCUAAUCAGUAUAAAGAAUCGAGUCUAUCCACACCCUCCAACUUGUAUGUGAAAGUGGCUUUAUUAACAAUCAGAUGAUAUUAAAAAAUUCCACACGUCUGAAAGCUCAUGGCAAGUUUGUGGCUGUGUUCAUGUAAUAUUAUGACCAUAUCUACGAAAUCUGAGCUUUAUACAUUACUGAUCAUAUAAACUAGCCAAGAAAAGGUCUGAAAGUGUCAAAAUUUGAAGAAUAUAAGUAAUUCUUCAAACUGGACUUGACCUACAGAAAUAUCAUUGACUUCCAGUUGGUGUUGUUUUUCAGAGCUCCUCUGCUCGUGUCACACUUGAACAGUGACACAUUUCAGAUCAUCUGAGAAGCACCUGUUAAUCCAUCCCCAGGCCCCAGCGUCACAUCCUCUUAUGUCUGCUGUAGAUAACAGAACAAGUUCUUUGGCACCUGAAAAACCAUACAUUUCCACAAUAUGAGCCAAGAGGAUGACAUCAGUGCCUCAGUGGUGCUGGACAUAAUCUGCCACCACCUGAGGGCAUCUUGUGACUAAAUGUGUUGAGACAGGACAGCUUGAAAUGUGUCUACUAAUCUUCUUUAAUUGGAGGGUGCAUGGGAGUUCACCCAACCAGUUUACACGAGUUUGUGGACAUGGAAAAGGUAUUCAAUCAUGUCUUUGGGGAAUUUCUAAGGGACUAAGUCGGGCUCGUCUUUGGUGAGAGCUUGACUCUGCCAAGGUUGCUCUUGUCAGUGAUUCUCUAGGUAACCUUAAUAAACAAAAUUUCUAGGUGCAGCCAAAGUCUUGUGGUUAUCCAUUUCGGAGGCAUUAGGAUCUAAUUUCUCCAUUAUGUACAUGAUGUGUUUCAUCAGACUGUGAACUACAUCUUUCACUGACUUUCCUGGACUGGGUGUUUAGAAGGAGUUUAGUUUUCACAGGGUCUUAUUCACAGAUGAGGAAAUAAUGGAGAAGGAGAUCAACUGGUGCUGUGUCAGCAGUUAUGGGAACAAUGUACCAGUGGUCUUUGAAGGUAGUUGAGUCUCAUCUCAAGUAUUUUUCUCACUACAAAAACAAAACUAACAAAAAAAACUAAACAGACGAAUAAAGUCCUGUUGGAUUUAAUAGACAUACAUUGAUGAGACAUUGAGACCCAUUAGUAAAGACUUUCUCGUGGCAUUGUUUGCCCAAUGUUGUAAAUUCACUGCCCUCAUACAACAAGGAAAUAACGUCACGAAUUCACGUAUUUACCGGAGCAAGUUGAGGAAUAUUUUCAAUCAAGAAAAUAAAAUUACUUCAAAUUAAAUUUUUUGUUGACCACAAAAGUGAAAAUAAUUUUGAAUUUCAAUUUAAUAUUGCAUGAAAAGUUAUUUUUGCUCUUCAGUGACGAUUUCUGAGAAGAAAAUCCUGAGACUGUAAAACGGCAAAUCAUGUAUUCUAACGUGUGAUCUUUUUUUUUUUUGUAUCUAUGCUUUUGUGGUAUACGCAUUCUUUUUAUAGUGAAAUUUAUUUUUCUCUCGCUGUGUUCUAGUUUAUGGGGUGCAUUGCUUUGCUAAUAUAACAUUUGCUAAUGUUAUAACACACACUGGAGCGAGAUAAUGGUAGGAUUUUUGCCUUGCAACAGAAUGAUCGUGCAUUCACGUUUGGAGGCACUCACUAUACGUCCGUGUGUUCUUGACGGGUACCAAGAACGCACGGUUCUUGGUACCCGACUCUUGACUCUUAGCUGGUUUUCCCUGGCCAUGGAUGAGUGCGUUUCAUUUCUGUCCUGUGUUUCUCUCCGUUGUCCUGUAAUUGACAACCGGCCCAGUAAGGAUUAGGGGUAUGAUUCCUGCUAGAUUAUGAAAGAACCUGACAACAUACUGCU